AUGGGGAUUAAAUCAAUAUUUAGUUGUCUUAUAAAAGAAAUUUACUUGUUUAUUUAUUUUGCGCCUUAAAGAGGGAACUAUAAAUCUGAAGCAUAUUCAGCUUUAAAUAUAUAUUAUUUAUUAAUUAAAAAAAUUAAAAUCAAAAAAAACUAAAUGUUAAUAAAGGAAUACAUCAAAUUAGGCAAUCUGCUUUAUAAGUUUUUUUAUCUGCUUUUGCUAAUAAGUUUGAUUUCAGCAUAAACUUGGAACUUAGUUACUGGGCAAUAUGAUCAUAAUGUUAUUAAUACUAACCUUUUAGGAAACCCUUAGAAUAUAUGCAACAUUCAAACAGUUGUAAAUUUUAAUGGAAUAACAGUUAAUAUCAAGAAUUAGAAAGUUCCUUCUUUUAAAGGAAUUUAUUACCAAAUAUAAAUGAAUACACCAUAAUCAAAUCAACCAAAGAUUGAAACUAAAGUUGAUGGCGAAGUAAUUCCAAGAGAUUUUAGUGAUGAUAUUCAAAAUUGUCAUGACGCACCACAAAAUUCACGUUAUUUUAAAUAUUAAGGUAGUAUAACUUUUAGAAACUAAUAAAACAAAGCUGAUAUUAACAUUUCUGGCGUUGCUAUGGCUUAUAUUUAUAAAUUUGAAAUAACGCUUUAAUUGAUUCAGUGUCAAGAAGGGUGCUAUUAUUGCCUUGAUGGUUAAAACUGCUAAGAAAAUUCUUGCUUGAGUGGAUUUAAUUACAUGAUUUCUAGUUACUUUAUAUAGAAUUAAUAAAUUUGCAAUAGAAUUUGCCCAAAUGGAUAAUAUACUAAAUUUAUUGGUUAAAAUCCUCUUACGUAAAAUUGUUAAAAUUGUAUUAGCAAUUGCUUAAUCUGUACUGAUCAAAAUCAAUGCAGCUAAUGUAUUACUGGAUACUAUUUUGAUUCUCAAUAAAAAUUAUGUAUUAAACUAACAUGUGUUGAAGGAUGUUCUAAUUGUAGCUAAAAUAAAUAAAGUUGUACUUAAUGCAUGAGUGGAUACACUCAGAUGGUGAAUCCAAACAAUAGCGCCCUACAGUACUGCUAAAAAAAUUGUGCAGUGGGAUAGUACAAUUUCGUGAUUGAAAAUACUUACAUGACAUAGUAGUGCAGAUCUUGUAUUGCUAAUUGCCAAACCUGUACUGGACCUAAUGACUGCAGUAACUGUUAUUCUGGAUAUGGAUAUAAUUCUCAAACAAAAUAAUGCGCACAAUGUUAUCAAGGAUGUUCUAAUUGUGAUUAAAAUUUAAGUUGUACUCAAUGCAUUAGUGGAUAUACUUAAACUGCAAACCCAAAUAAUAAUUCAUAAUAAUAUUGCAAAAUGAUUUGCCCAAUAGGAUAAUUCUAAUUUAUUAAUUGGUAAACCAUGGCUUAGUAGUGCAACCCUUGUAUAACUAAUUGUACAUAAUGUUCUCAAGAUAAAUAAUGUGACAAUUGUGCUGCAAACUAUGAGUUCGUUCAAUAAGUAUAUUAAUGUAAAAUGAUAUGCCAACAAAAUUAAUAUAGAGAUUCAACUUUAUAUAAUUGCACAAAUUGCGUUAGCAAUUGCCAAUAAUGCGUAGAUGGGUAAAGUUGCAGUUAGUGCUAAAGCAAUUACGAGUAUAUUAGUUAAGUAAAUUCUUGCUUACUUAUUUGCAAUCAGAAUUAGUACAGAAACCCACAAAAUAACUAUUUAUGUGCUGAUUGCAUAGAUAAUUGUGCAUCUUGUACUAAUGGAUAAAGCUGUACUACUUGUGUAUAGGAUUAUGAGUAUAUUUAGUAAGUCAGUAAAUGCAUGCAUAUUUGUUCAUAAAAUUAAUUUAGAGAUUCUACUUAAAAUUAUUAAUGUAUAAAUUGUCAUUCAUCAUGCUAAUCAUGCACAGGACCAGCUUAAAGCUAAUGUAGUAGCUGUUAUUAAGGAUGGUAUUAACUCGGAUCAUAUUGCUAUCAGUGGUGCCCAAAUAAUUACAAAGAAGAUUCAACGUUGUGGUAAUGUGUCUAAUGCUAAGAAUACAUAAAACCAGAUUGCUAAGCAUGUGCUAACACAUGUAAAUCUUGUUAAUAUAAGUAAAGUGAUAUAUGUUUAGACUGUUAUGAUUCUAUGGAAAUGUCAGGGAAUACGUGCAUUUGCAAAAAUAAACUUGAUACAAGAGGUAUUUUCUAUGAGUGUAGCUAUAAUAAUAUUGCUGUUUUACAAGCUACUUUAGCAAUAGAUUCUCCUACUAUGAUUAUUGAUUUUGGUGUUGCUUUGACAUAAAUUUAAAACUUUUAGUGUAAUACUAUAUUUUAAGAUAGUACUCUUCAACUUCUUGGCAAUCUUCCAAAUUGCUCUAUACAAGAUACUAAAAUCAAAAUUUAACUAGGUAAUGAUGCUUAAAUAAUGGAAAACGAUAAUCUCUCAUUCAUUUCAAAUGUUCUGAGUUAUUAAAUUAGUAGCACUUUCUUAAUAGACACAUUUUACUUGACCAAAGUUCAGCAGUAAAGGAGUGAUACUCAACAGCCUUAAGUUACUAUUCAAUUCAGUAAAACUCAAAAUAAUUGCUAUGACAUCAUUUUUUCAGUAGCAAAUAUUAUAAAUGAUGCUUAAAGAGGGUUCAAAAGCUUUGCUUGGAGUAUAUUAUCUUCGCCUAGCUUAGAUUAAAACAGCCUUUAAGCAGUUAAUAGUAUUGUCGAUAAUGCUAACAGUUAAAAGAGUACCUCUUUAAUAAUUUUAAAGCAACUAAUUCCUGCAAACACUCAAAUUACUGCUACUUUCUAAUAUUUACUUAAAGUGAAUUCUUCAUAAAAAUUGUUUUUCUCAACACUCUUUAUCAGAUAAAAAGACAUAGUUACUAAAUUUUAAACUUAAAGCUAUCCAAUUUAUAGAUAUAUGGAUUUACAAAUUUAUGUCUCUUUCUAUGUGCAAAUAUGUGAUUAGAGUGGACCAAAAAUUACUAACGAACCUCUUAACAUACAGAUAAACUCUAAAAGUGUGCCAAAGCUGAAUUAAAACCUAUCACAAUUUAAAUAUAAUUAAACAUAAAUUUUAGUCAAAAAAUAUUCUAUUCCUCCUUAAACUAUUUUUGAUUUAAACGUAAAUGCCUCUCUAGUCAGUGAUUCAUCAAUUACUAAUUUAAAAUCUUAAACUAUUACACCUAACAUAUCUAAUUUAUUUAUAUAGAUUGUAGGUGGAUAAAAAGGAGUGUUUGGUUUCAAACAGCCCUUAAAUUUAACUGGAUUAGCAAGAGACUUUGAGCUUGAAGACCCAAACUAAGAUUAACAAAUUAAUUUAAAGUGGGAUUGCGUUUCCCUUACCUCUAAUCAAAAUGAUAAUAAGUGCUAUGACUAUAAUAAUCACCCAAUUAUUUUGCAGCAAAAUGUUCCUAGUAUUUCGAUACCAGGUUCUACUUUUAGCCCAUAUUAAUCUCUUUUGUUUACUUUUACAGGAACCAAAGAUUCCCGUUAGUAAUCUUAAUCAACUAUGGUCAUCUUAUCAGAAACUGAUAUUCCUAUUUUAAUUGCUAACUUUAAGGAUCUAUCUUAGUUGAUAUAAGUCAACAUUAACUAAGAUAUUGAUGCAACUCUCAUAUAUGGAAGUAAUGUUUCAUCUGACUUGCUAAGCUAUGCUGGUGCAAUACUUUAUAAUAAUAUGGUAGUAGGAGCUAUAAAAUUUGAUUAUUAUAAAGUGAGGUUUAGAAUUUGGGAUUAUUUCGUAAAUGUUCUUCCAUCAAACCCUAUUGUAUAAGUCAGAUUCAGUGCAUACAAUCCUUAUUACAUUAUGCCUAGUUUAAGUAUUACUAAUUUUAAUAUAAAUUUACCACCCAAAAAUUGUGUACUAUCUGUAAACACUCCUAGUGGAUAAGCUCUAUAAACAAUUUUUUAAAUAAAAAUGUCUGGUUGCACCUCAGCUAAUUCACCUAUAUCUUAUUAAUUCUUUUACUACCUUAGUGAUACUGAUUAUUAGUAAGAAUAGAUAUCCCCAAAUUACAUCCUAAGAAGGUAAAUAAUGGAUUAAAGCUUACAAAACGAAUUUUAUACUGUACUCCCUUCAGGGAAUUUAAUAUUAAUGGGUUAGGCUAUUGAUAAUUUUUUAGCUGUUUACAAUACAACUGUAUAGGUAAACAUAUAACCAUUUGCUCAAAACGAAAUUUAAAUAAACAGUAUUAUUGACUAAGCUUUACAAAUUAAUAGUGACUAAACAAUUUCCUAAAUUAUUUUAAACCUAUGUGUGAUAGGAGAAGAAAUAUCUAAGAACUACCCAGUUUAUAACCUUGAAUCAGUUAAAACUAAAAAAUCUUAGCUCAUUUAAUUAAUAAUAAACUAAGUCAAUUUUCUACCUAAUUCAUCUUUACUAUCAACAUAUGCAAACAAAGUAAUUGCCAAACUACAACAAUCUUUAACUAUUUAAUAAGAAUCUUAGAUCAUCCCUAUUCUAAGCUUCCUUAAUGGAAUUCUAUAAAACUAAUAAUCUUUAAUUAGUUAGGAUAAUAUGUUUAUAAAUAACAAUAAUGUUUUUCUUCAAAAUGUAGUAGACUCUUUUAAAGUAUUAAAUUCGACUACUUAAACUCUUUAAAAUAAUUUGAUAUCUCAACAAAUGAAUAUAUCAGACUAAAUAUGCAGUUACCUAAGUAAAGCAACUCUACCUAAUUAAGGAGGAGUAUAGCUAUAAGGAAAUUUAAUAUCACUUGAUUGCUCAUAAAUUACUUCAAAAAACCUUAAAUAUAUUAUUAAUGAUUAUUAGGAUUCACUAGCAGCAGACGUCUAUUAUUUAGGUUAGACUACUUAUUCUAGAAAUCCCUUCCAACAAACAUCUGAAUUCUAGAAAUAUAUUUAAGAAUUAAAAUAAGUAGACUCAAGCAUAGCAAUUACUAUGAAUCCAGUAAUAAAAUAUUCAUUAGACUUAGUAAAUGCAAGCUCAAAUAGAUUAUUAUAUCAAUAAGGUUCUAACUUUGAACAAGCGAGAGAUAUACUUAGCAAUAGAAAAUUAAUUAAUGAAAAUUAAUAGGAUAAUCAAUAAAAACUUUUUAUUUUUAAAUUUUAAGACCUUUAACCCUCUAAUAAUAAUUAAACAUGCCUUUAAAUGCAAUAAUCAUAAGCUUGGUCUUCUAAUGGAUGUACCUAUUUAACUAACAAUAAUAAAUACUAUUGCUACUGCAAAAGCACAAGUCCUACAACUGUGAUUGAUGAUCUAGAAUCAUUGCUUAUUAAUAAAAAUUUAAAAACAGCUUUUAGUUCAUAAGGAUUUAAUAAAUUAACUAAUUUUGAUAUAUUUUAUUAAUAUGCUCUUGUUUGGACUAUUUUUACUAUAACUUUAUUAUAAUUGGGUUUAUAUAAAUAUGGUACAAUUCUAGACAAAAAAUUUAGCAAAACUACUAUCUCAUAGAUUAUGCCAAUGGCUGCAUCUGAAUAAGAAAAUCCUCCUAUUAGUUAAAAAAAUUAGACUCCAAGUUUGCAAUACUAAAGUAUCUAAGAAUUAAACGGUGUUAUAUAGUAAAAUAACAAUUAAAAUUAGAAUUUUUUCAUAAAUUCUAAUAGUCAAGCAAGAAGAAAAAAACAAAAAUUUUUAAAUACUUUAACAAUUUUAAAAAAUGAAAAAAUUGAAUCAAACUAAAUCGAGAUUUUAAAAUUAGACAAUUAAAUAUCAACCGAGUAAACAAAUUAGCUGAAAAAUCUUAAUAAUUAACCGCUUUAAAUUUAGGAAUAAGUCUAAUCAUAAUCAGAGUAGAUUUAAGAGUUAAAGUAACCACAAAUUUAUGAUGAAAAGCUAAAUUAAGGUUAAUUAAUAGCUUUUUAAGAAGUAUAAUAAGACAAAUUAAUAAAUUCAAAUAAGACAACUGUAA